AAAUAAAUAAAAUUGUAGUGGUUUUCUUGAAGGAUCUGUAGCAAAACUGGUUCUUUGGUACCCUUUGACACCACAAAUAAUCCAGGUUCAAACCUCAGUGACACCAUAUUUUGUUAAUUUUUUGAAAUUCAGAUAUAUCUGACCCCAGUAAAGUCAAGUUCUGGGACCGCCACUGGUCAGUGUGUGGUCCGUUUUUCAAAACAUUGGAAAAAGUUUAGCUAGGCAUAUCAUGUGUUUGUAUGUCUACUAUGCUAGACUCGCACGUACUUGUAUAUAUUCGAUACUAUGAACUCGGCAUGAGAUCCACUUGUAUUGAAAUUUUAUGCAAUAGGAUGUUAAAGCAUAUUAUAGACUAAUCGGAGUCCUUCGCGUUGGUUUUAAAGUCGGUCAUGCAUGUUGGGUUCAUAUGUAAUGAUGAUAUGAAAAGGAUAAAUAUAACGGCCGGUAAAGAAGAAGAUACAAAAUCACCAUAAUGUGUGAAAACUGAACCCAUUAACGACAAUAAAUAAACAUGUUCAACUAAAAGGUUUUAAAGAAUCAAAUCCAGUAAUAAUUAAAUCUCCCAUUUUCAAAAAAUAUAAAAUAAUUAAAUCUCCCAAAACCAAAACAUGAAAAACACCACACAUGCAUACAGGUAACGAUGCACUCGUUUUUUAGUCUUUGUAUUAACAAUAAAAUCACCAGCCCAACAUUCCGACCCUUAGGUGCAGACCAUAAAAAUCUUGUGGGUUCAUAUAUGUCUGACCCUAGCGAAACGAUGUACGUUUUCUUUCAACUCUUGUCAUCGAUUUAGUUGUUAUCUGAUGAUAUUUUCGUUUUGAUGACUAAAUAUAAGAGUAGAUUGAUUACAUAUGUUCUUUUAUAAGGUUCUUUUUUUUAUUAUAUAUAAUAACAUAUCAACAAAUGUGUUUAACUAAAAGUACAAAAGAUUUUUUUCCUAUAGAGAUAAAGAUUACCUCCACAUGUUUUCCUAUAAACAGCAAAUUAAUAACUAUUAUGCAAGAUUUGUUUACAUAUUAGUAAUUAUUAUGUUUGGACUGGAAAGAUUCCGAAAUAAUAUGAUGCCUAUAUUAGCACUUAAAAUUGUACUUUCCAUUUAAAUUUUAUUUAUAAGAUUAUGAAUAUUUGCACACGGAUUUAAAUAAAACAUCAAAUCGGUAGAGUUUCAAAAAAUUGAUUAGGUUGUAAACCAUAAACACUAAUUAAAUUACAUACUAACUAAACUGAAAUUAAAUUUGCACCCAAAACCAAUUAUUUUAAAGAGUUUGAGAUAAUAAAAUUGGAUCUGUUUAACCAAUAAAAAAAUUGGGUAUAAUAAUUAAAUGGGCCAAGAAUGAUUUUUCUUAUGUUUCUCCAUUUCUCCAGAUUAUAAAACAUUAAAAUCCCUAAAAAAAGGCGCAAAGGUAAACAAAAGUGGCUGUGAAAAGGAUAAACAAAAAAAGUUACAGAAGACCUCACGACUCAAAGGUAUGAUUUCUUCUCCCUCUUUUUAUCUUCUUUGAAUUGAAGCAUCUUACUGAUAAAUGCCUAAACCUUUUAAUAAGCUUCGAUGGUUCGUACCAUCUAAUUUCUCGUAUCAAAUUGUCCAUUUAGAUUAGAUUCUAUCCAGCUAUGGCACUAGGUUAUGCCUUUGUUGUACAUCCACUAACACUUGCUUUCUCAUAUCGUGAGGAGGGAAGAAAACACUGAUAUUAUACAAAUCGUUGCGUGGAUAAUUUUUUCCUUGUUGUGAUUACUCGGCCUUCGUAGUUGGUAACGAAACUCGUGAGUUGUUUCAUGUUCUUGAUAUCAAAUUAUCAAUCAUUUGUAUGUUAGUACAUCUUAUUGUACACUUCUAUUAGACUAUUACAUCAAACUCCUACGUCUAUGAUUAUACAAAAACUAGCAACUUCGUGAUGAUGAACUUUGCUAUUUAUUUACUGGGGUUUGAACAUGAUAAGAAGAUUCUGAUGGAAAUUAGGUGGCUAGUGAAAAGAAAAAUUAACUUGUAUGAUUGUUAUAUAUACAUAUGACUGUUUACUUUUUUUCUGUCUAGAUACUAUAACAACAAGAUGAAUAAUGAAGAUCGAUGGGAAGUUUUAGAAAACUCCACUGAAGAAGUAACAACAUAUGUGGAACCCAUGUCUCCUCUCUCUAGACGAGACAGUGGAUUCAUUGCACUCUCUCCACUCUGUGACCACUACAACAAUCAGAUGAGGAUUGAUUCUCCUACAACUUGUUCAGAUGAAGAAAUCAUUGAGUCUCUGUAUCAAAACCUCUUUAGCAUUGUUCUCUGUCUUCAACUAGAGGAGUCUGGUAAUGAUGGUUCCAACACACACCUGUCUCCGCCUUGCCCUGGAGCUCCAUUGAAGCUUACAAGGUUUUCAAGAAACAUGGAUCCAGGAUUCCAAAGAAAGCUCUUCUAACAUUGGAGUUAACUUUAGUCUUGUUAUGUUGUUGCACAAAGAUCUUGUGGUAAUUUGUAUACUAUUUGUACUAAGUUGGAUUGUUUAUUUGAAAAAUGUCUUUUA